AGCCCUCCCUCCGUUUGCUUCUCUGCUCCGUCGCCUCGCCACGCGCCGGCCGCCUACUCCGUCGCCUCGCCACGCGCUGGCCGCCUGCUCCGUCGCCUCGCCGCAUGUCGGCCGCCUUCUCCCCCUCGUCUCGCCGCUUCUCUGCGUCCGCACUAGGAGAUCAAGAGGGACGGGAUCUCCUUUUCUGUAAAGCUCGUGCCUUGCCGGCUGCGUCGGCGGCGCUCGAUGACCCGCUCCUCGUUCUCGAGCACCCCCUCCAGACCUAGAGCUCCGGCGGUGGCGCUCGAUGGCCCGCUCCUCGUCCUCGAGCACCUCCUCCAGACCUCGAGCUCCGGCGGCGGUGGCAUGGGAAAGACGACCAGGGCAUGGGGAAGACGAAGACUUGCUCCAGCAGCUCAUCUUGCUCCUCGAGCUGGUGGGCUGAUGAUGGAGGAACUGCACUCUUGGCUCCACCAGCGCCGCCGCUGCUGCUUCUGCUUCUGCUCCCCGCUCGCCCACAACGCAGAGAUUGGAGGAGGAAUGGAGUAUUGCAGAGGAAUGGAUGCUGCUUCUUUUGGUGCAGAGUACUCUCACCGGCAGCAUGAUCAAUUGUGUUUGAAAUUAAUGAACAAGUGCAGGGAUCAGAAAAUGGAGCUUCUUCUCACCGGCAGCAUGAUCAAUUGUGUUUGAAAUUAAUGAACAAAUGCAAGGAUCAGAAAUUGGAGCUUCUUCUCAGUGGUAGCAGCACAAGUAGGGUAGCUCCGGGCAGCAGCACGAGCAGGCCCGCCUGGGAGGAGCAGCAACUUGCAGACGAGCAGCAGGUCGAGGAGAGGAGUGGGGGAGAUGACAGGGGCCUCGAGGUUGAGGAUGAGCUUCCAUUCCAGGCCCGCCGGGAGCUCUAGGUCCAGGCGCUCGAGACCCAGGCGCGCACAGGUCCUGGCGGCGGCGCAGGCCCUGGCUGGCGGGAGGGGAUAGCGGCGCAGCCCUGGGCGGCGGAAGGGGUGACGGCGGGAGAGGAUGGCGGCGGUGCAGCGCCAUUUAGCCGUGGAGCCGCCGCCCGUCGAGGUGGUCGCCGCGGAGGAGCAGGUGGACGGCGCAGCUCGCCUCGGGCGGCGCAGGUGGGCGCGGGCGGCGUUGGUUCACAGCGGUGGUGCGGCUCGCCUCGGGUGGCGUAGGUGGGCACGGGCGGCGGUGGUUCACAGCGGCGGCGCAGGUCGUGGCCGUCGUCACGCGCUCGGCCCUACGACGGGUGCCGACGGUGGCUUGGGCGGCGGACGGAGAAAGGAGGAAGAAGCAACCGGGGGCUGAUUAGCAAGAGAUUUGAAGAUGAAAGGGUUUUUUUUUGCAAAUUUGAAAAUGAACUAAGCGCUGGAC